AUGGCCUCCCACCAUGUGGUCACCGCGCAGCCCUGGGGCUCGAUGGCAGCCCCGCAGAGGAGCAAGUGGCAGACAGGGCUGAUGGACUGCUGCUCCGACUGCGGCGUCUGUAUCUGCGGAACCUUCUGCUUCCCCUGCCUGAGCUGCCAGGUGGCCGGGGACAUGAACGAGUGCUGCCUCUGCGGGACCAGCGUGGCCCUGAGGACCCUGUAUCGCACCCGAUACAACAUCCCGGGCUCCAUCAUGGAUGACUUCUUCUCAGUCCUGUGCUGCCCCUGGUGCUCUCUCUGCCAGCUGAAGAGGGACAUUAACCGGAGGAAAGAACAGGGCACCUUCUGA